GGCCGAGUAGGUUAGCAACGGCAAACAGCUAGCUAGGACUCAUUCUGACAGGAAGCAGCUCUUUGACAGUGUUUCACUGUUUAAAGGAGACCAUCGGGAACCUUGUCUUACACACACGCCUGAGGAGCUCCUUCAUCUCCCUCAGCAGCCAUGAACUGGUCUACUCUGCAGGCCCUCCUCAGCGGGGUCAACAAGUACUCCACCGCCUUCGGCCGCGUCUGGCUCUCCAUGGUCUUUGUCUUCCGGGUGAUGGUGUUCGUGGUGGCGGCCCAGCGGGUGUGGAGCGACGAGAAUAAGGACUUUGUCUGCAACACGGCUCAGCCGGGCUGCAACAACGUUUGCUACGACAAGAUCUUCCCCAUCUCCCACAUCCGCCUGUGGGCCCUGCAGCUCAUCUUCAUCACGUGUCCAUCUCUGAUGGUGGUGGGGCACGUCAAGUAUCGAGAAAAGAAGGACAUGCAGUACACCGCUUUCCACAAAGGUUCCCACCUGUACGCCAACCCUGGGAAGAAACGUGGAGGUCUGUGGUGGACGUACCUGGUGAGUCUGAUAUUCAAGGCCGGCUUUGACGCUGGCUUCCUCUAUAUACUCUACCACAUCUACGACGGUUAUGACAUGCCCCGCCUCUCCAAGUGCUCGCUGGAGCCAUGCCCCAACAUGGUGGACUGCUUUAUUUCACGACCCACAGAGAAAAAGAUCUUCACCCUCUUCAUGGUUGUGUCCUCUGCAUUCUGCAUCUUCAUGUGCAUCUGCGAGAUGAUUUAUCUCAUCUGCAAACGCAUCCAGAAAUUCCUUAACAAGAAGGCAGAGCUCGAAAAGAGGAUGUUCGCCGAGAGACACGAGAUGACUCCCCUGGCAGCACCGAGGUCAGACCUCAGGACCUCAGUCAAAGUGGACCCGACGGUGUCAAUUCAAAACCUGACGAACAUCAAGGAAGAGCAGGGGACAUCGGAGAUUAAAUAACGCCACACCGUGACCGUGGCUGCUUUGAAAAACAAACAAUGUGCGACUGUGAGCAAAUGCGUUCAGAGAGAUAUUAAUGGGGAUUUCCAGAAGAACAUUUAGGAAAAUAUGAUCUUGUUGAGUGACUUUCUGCAUGAACGCACAGCUCUUGCAUGCACACAAACAUGGGAUCACAGAGAAUGUGAGACUUUGAGUAUUUUCUCAUAUGCUUUUGUGUAAUACUUUGUAAGCUUAAAGAAAAGAAGGAUGUAAAUGUGAUUUACUUAGUGACCGUUCUCCUCAAACAUGCACAGUGCCCCCUGCUGAGUAAACCAG